ACAUCCUCUGCUGUGCUUUCUUGGUGAGAGAGCAGAUAUAGAUAUGUCUCCCACUUAAGGCUUCGUUUAAAAUAUUGGUAUGAAUAUGAAUUUCAAUAAUAAUGAUACAAACUCAGUCAUUAAAAAAAGAAACAACAGCAAGAUUAAAAGAAAGGCAAUGGUACUUGUCAAUUCUGAGUGACAUUGAGGCACCACUGUGAAUGUGAAAGAAGUGGCGACACUUCCGCGUUGGUGAGCAAGUCCCGCCCUUCUUCAAGUUCAUUGGACAAUUCAGUGGCUGCUACGUCAUGUCCGGCAAGUGGCUCAGUUCUAUUGGCUUCAAGAAGAGGUCAAGUCUUCUUCACGAAACGGUGGUUUUGUUUUGGUUGUUAUUCAGCGGAUAAAGAGCUUGAAGACACUUGAGCGUUGGAGUAAGUUGUCCUCUGACUUGAAGAAAUGUUCAUGUUGAAGAAGAUGCUCUUCUCAGGUGAACUUCUUGGACUGAUUCACACACAGUGAAUGUUUAUUAUCUGCUAAGAAGAGUCUUUCUGCAUAUUUUCUGUAGCCUUCACCCCGGCUGAAUGCUCCAGGCUUUACCUCGGCUGAGCAGAGCUGCGGAGAGGAUUCGCCGUGUGGGAGCUCACUUCAGCAGUAUGGCCCAGAAUGGCAGCACUGAGAAUGGAGAAGUGAUCACAGCUGCCAUCGUCAUCAUCGGCGAUGAGAUUCUUAAGGAUCGAGGGGGAGGCUGGAGCCAAUCCCAGCUGACUUCAGCCGAGAGGCGGGGUACACCCUGGGCAGGUCGCCAAUUAUCGCAGGGUCACACGGCAGACACGAAUAGCACCUUCUUGUGCCGUGGCCUGCGCAAGCUGGGGGUCAGUGUGCAGCGCAUUUCAGUGGUGCCUGAUGUACAGGAGGUCAUCGCUAAGGAAGUGGCUGCACUCUCUCCUACAGUAACACACCUGAUCAUGGCAGGUGGCAUUGGACCCACUCAUGAUGACGUGACCUUUGAAGCGGUGGCGCUGGCAUUUGGCGAGAGUCUGCAUGCCCACCCAGAGCUCACACGCCUCAUCGAGAAGUUCUUCGGCACCGUUGAUUCGUCCAGUGCCACCAUGAAACUUGCCACGGUGCCUUCUUCUGCAAAGCUGAACUACGGCCGCGACCCUCAGACCGGUGAGCCUCUGCGCUUCCCGUUGAUCAGCGUACACAAUGUCUACAUGUUCCCUGGCAUCCCUACACUACUGGAGCGUGCCUUCAAUGGCUUAGUGCACCUGUUUGCCAGCCCGGGAACUGCUUUUGACACACGUGAGGUGUUUGUGGAUGCUGAUGAAACAGAAAUCGCACCCAUCCUGACAAGGUUGCAGUCGGAAUGGGGAAAACGCGUAUCACUCGGCUCGUAUCCCGACUGGCUGAGCAACUACUACCGCGUGAGGCUGGUGUUGGACUCGGAUAGUGCCGACAAGGUGGAGAAGGCUCAGGCCCAGCUGGAGGAGGAGCUGCCUGAAGGGAGUGUGGUGCGGCUAGUCACUGAUCCUGUAGCCGUCGCUCCUCAUGAGGUCUACUCGUUCGCCUUGAAUGGAUCACCACUGGGGGAAAAAGUGGCUUCAGCUCUGAGGACGAUUGAGAAAGCACUGGAUCAUUACCGACUGAAUGAGAUCUGCAUCGGCUUCAAUGGUGGCAAAGACUGCACGGCACUGCUGCAUCUUUUCUACGCUGCACUUAAACGCCGCUAUCCAGACAGUAAAGACAAGGUGAAAGCUCUGUACAUCCGAAUUGUCUCCCCGUUCCCCGAGAUGGAGAGAUUUCUGCAAGACACUAUUAAAAGAUAUGAGCUGGACCUGUUUGCUGUGGAGGGCAACAUUCGGCAGGCUCUGAAUGAAGUGCAUGAGAAGAGACCUGAUCUCCAUGCUGUUCUAAUGGGCACCAGACGCACUGAUCCAUACUCGCAUACUCUCACUGCCCUCUGCCCCACAGACCCAGAUUGGCCUCCCUACAUGAGAGUCAACCCGCUACUGGACUGGACAUAUCAUGACAUCUGGUCGUUCUUGAGAACCCUUUAUGUACCUUACUGCAUUCUCUAUGACAAAGGCUACACUUCGCUAGGCAGCAUGGAUAACACUUUCAGGAACCUCUCUCUCCAAGUGGUGGACAGCAAGGGUGUAACCCGUUAUAAACCUGCCUAUCAGCUGGAAAAAGAGGAAGAAGAGCGCAGCUCAAGGACAUGAUGUCGUAUACAUGGUGGUCCAGAUAAAACCAUGCUCAAGAGAAAAGAGCAGUCAUCGCAGAAGGCUUGAGAUGAUGGGGAGAAACUGGCAAACGGCAACAUAUAUUCAUCUUCAGUAACUGAUCCGUCCUACUCAGGGUUGUGGUGGUUCCAGAGCCAGUCCCAGCAACACGGUGCAAGGCAGGAGAAUUUGCCCUAGAUGGGAUGCCAGUCAAUCACAAAAAUAGCAGCAUAUAAGAUAAAAUAUCCCAUGCCAUUAUUAAAACAUGUGUACUGUCUUGCAAAAGUAUUCAUCCCCCUUGGUGUUUGUCCUGUUUUGUCACAUUUACAAGCUGGGAUUAAAAUGGAUUUUUGGGGGGGUUAGCACCAUUUGAUUCAUACAACAUACCUACCACUUUAAAUGUGAAAAUUGUUGCUUUUAUUAUGACACAAUUACGAUGAAAAAAUAGAAAUCUGGGGAGUGCAUAGGUAUUCACCCCCCCAAAGUCAAUACGUUGUAGAGCCACCUUUUGUUGCAAUUACUGCUGCUAGUCUCUUGGGGUAUGUCUCUAUUAGCUUAGCACAUCUAGCCACUGGGAUUUUUGCUCAUUCCUCAAGGCAAAACUGCUCCAACUCCUUCAAGUUAGAUGGGUUGUGUUGGUGGACAGCAAUCUUCAAGUUAUCCUACGGAUUCUCAAUUUGAUUGAGGUCUGGGCUUUGACUAGGUCAUUCCAAGACAUUUAAAGGGGGACUGAAGUAAUUUUUAAACUUGCUUUAUUUCUUAAUUAACGUGUUAUUCAAUUAUGUUUUCGGUUUUAACUUUAUAUUGUGACUCGUAUUGACAUUAUAUUACACUUAUCAGCCUUUUCAGUUUUUAGCCAUGUUGAACAUAGUUCGUAUAGUCCACGCCAGGCAUCGCUCAUCUGCGCGAUCUUCACGAGACUUCUGUGAGAUUUCAAACGUGAAGUGUCAGCGCCACCAUUUUGAAAACUUUACACAACGGCCAGAUUGCCAUAUCAUUCCAAUUUAGAUUAAUUUUGAGAUUUGCCAGCUUCAUCAGUGAUGGAGUGUCAGUCCUGUGUGCUGUGGCACUUGCACCUGAAGGCACGCCUCAGGCUGCGCGCGCACCAAGUGGACUCCAGCAUGUGUGCCGUGAGCAAGGCGCACCUGAGCUCAAUUAAGGAACUAUGUGUUUGCCUAUUUAAGGACUGUGCUGAUGCAUUUGCAUCGUGAAGUAUUACGAUACCCAUGUACGCAUUACAGAGCCUUUCUGCCCGGUGUCUUGAUUUCCUGUUUCACAAUUCUUUUCCUUGUUUCUCGGUCUUGUCCUCGCUUAGCCUUUGAUGUGCUGUUUGCGCUUCGACUGACCCUUUUGCCUGUAUUCCCGUUUUUGAUCUAGCCUACCGUUUUGGAUUGUUUGGCUGUGUGUAUAUAUUGUCUCACUGUAUAUAUAUUCUGUACUUUAUUAAACUGUAUACUUCUGCACAUACAUACAUCCGCCUCCCUCGCGUACGUGACAUGGAGAUUAUUCCAUACGACUUUGAGCCAACGUGGAGUAGAGAAGAGUUGGAAAGACGACAGGAUAAGGACUAGUUCGUUGCACUGGUAUUUACGCCAUUACUGUUGCACAAGUAAAACGUGCCAGAUCAGGCGGCUGGUGGGUUUUCAAAAUAAUAAGUACAUACAUGUAUUUUUGUGAUAAAUACAUAUUAUACUGGGCGCAUUUCCCACAUAAUCCUCACUAAGGUUUCGGACAGCACUACAAAAUGGUGUCCCUACUAUAUAGUGCCCUAUAUAGUGAGUUGGGAGUGAUUUCGGAAACUGAAAACUUCCGGCUUGAUUACAUCAGCAUUCGAAGGAGGAUGCGCGCGUCUUUUGACAAUGUUGGCAAAUGUUGGUCACUUUGAUUUCCGCUGUACAUUUUACUUCCGUCCUACGAUGUCUCGCACAGGUCUCAGCGAAUCUCGUUUAUGCCCGUUGCUUUGACAUAUGGGCUGAUAUAUUACAUAGCAUAUUUCAAACACUCAUAACUUGCUAUAGCAGUGACAAAAUAGCGAUCAAAAAUGCAUUCCUAUAUUUAAUCAAAUGAGAAAUAGAAUUUUAAUAAUAAAAAAUUUGCCUUCAGUUCCCCUUCAAAUAUUUCCCUUUAAACCACUCCAGUGUAGCUUUAGCAGUAUGUUUAGGGUCAUUGUCCUGCUGGAAUAUGAACCUUCGUCCCAGUCUUAAACCUCUGGCCGACUCAAACAGGUUUUCCUCCAGAAUUGCCCUGUAUUUAUUGCCAUCCAUAUUUCCUUCAGUCCUGACCAGCUUUCCUGUCCCUGCAGAUGAAAAAACAUCCCCACAGCAUGAUGCUGCCACCACCAUGCUUCAUUGUAGGAAUGGUGUUCUCAGGAUGUUGGGUUUACACCACACGUUGGAUUUCCCAUGAUGGCCAGAAAGAUAAAUUUUAGUUUCAUUUGACCAGAGAAUCUUCUUCCAUGCUGCUGGGCAAACUCCAAACCUGUUUUCUUAAGCAAUGACUUUUUCUGACCACUCUUCCAUAAAGCCCCACUCUGUGGAGUAUAUGGCUUAAAGUGGUCCUAUGGACAGAUAUUCCCAUCCCAGCUGUGGGUCUUUGCAGCUCCUUCAGUAUUACCUUUGGUGUUUUUGUUGCAUCUCUGGUUAAUGCACUCCCUGCCCGGUCUGUGAGUUUUGGUGGGCAGCUUUCUCUUGUCAGGUUUGUAGUGGUGCCAUAUUCUUCCAUUUUGCUAUAAUGGAUUUAAUGUUGCUCCCUGGGAUAUUCAUAGUUUGGGAUAUGUUUUAUAACCCAACCCUGAUCUAUACUUCUCCACAACUUUGUCUCUGACCUGUUUGGAGGCUCCUUGGUUCUUAUGUUGCUUGCUUAGUAGUGUUGCAGAGUCAGGGUCCUUCCAGAACAGGUUGAUUUAUACAGACAUCAUGUGACCGAUCACGUGACACUUUGCACACAGGUGGAUCUUAAUCAACUAGUUAUGUGACUUAUGAAGUGAAUUGGUCGGACCAGCUCUUAUUUAGGGGUUUCAUACGAAACACACUCCAGAUCUCUGUUUUUUUCAUCUUAAUUAUUGUUUGUGUUAAAACAACAAUUUUCACCUUUAAAGUGGUAGGCAUGUGUAAAUCAAAAGUGCUAACCCUCCAAAAAUACAUUUUAAUUCCAGCUUGUAAUGCGACAAAAUAGGACAAACACCAAGGGGGAUGAAUACUUUUGCAAGGUACUGUACAUGACAGAGAGCGACAUUCCUGUAAAUGUAUGCGAUACAAUCUAUAUUGAAAGUAUUUGUUCCUCCUUCUGAAUGUUUUAAAUCUUUUACUUGACUGAAAUUUGUGUUUGUGUGUACAUUAGAAGUGAGAAUGACCAAAACACUGAAUGGAUUAUAUAGUAUGUUAAUAAAGUUUUAACAGGACUCUUUGUCAUCAUCCUUAUCUCAGCACAGAUUUGUUUCAGUUUCUGAGAAGCAGAAUGUAAGCUUUCAUUUAAGAGGGAGAUUUAAAUAGCUUAAUAAAAUGAAUGAUUUUAUUUGUCCAGGAAACUUAAAAGAACCUAUUCGAAAUCUUGAAUUUGGAAAAGGGUGUAUUGUUAAAAAAAAAAAAGUAACCAUGGUUUAUUGGAUUGUGAAGCAAAUUUUCUGUUUUCUCUUUAGUAAUGAAAGAGAAAAGCAGGCACAAACUUGGAGGAGAAAAGUUUUAUGGAAGCUUCAGGUUCAUACACAGAUGUUGUCCUCUUUGAGCACUAGUUCACUGCUCACUCUCACUUCUUCAGGCUUUUCACAACAAACACUCUCAACAUUUAUACCUAGGUCCCACACCCCAAAGUCAUAACAAAGAUAAAGAUGUUACUGCAGGCCUCUGAGGCUUCGAACACAUGCACACAAACAUACAUAUACCAUCUUUCACAAGAAAGCCUCCUCUUUUUUGCCUGCUCUAUGCUAUAGAGGCCUUUCACUGAUGUCACAGGUUUUUGUUUAUCACGCAGCAUGUAUCAUAUUGCUGGGCAAACAAAGAAACAACCGCUACAGUUAAUAAUGAAAAUUGAGACAACUGCAGUUAGUGCAGUCUCUCUGAAACGAUUAAAAAUUUAGAUUGUACCAGCAGAUAAUGUUACAUUCAAAAGCUGAAACAUGCAGACAUCACAGAUUCAUAUCAUUUACCCACAACUGUAUAUAUUUAUUCUGCCCAAUGCUUGCUCUCUCUCUUUGUCUUUACUGCUUCAGAUGGAUUAAAUGCAGAGGAGGAAUUUUGCUGUGCUUUUGUGUACAUGUGACAAAAAUAAAGGGUUCUUCUUAAUUUA